AUGACUCUAUCCAGAGUAGAAGUCUUCUUGAACUUUGCAACAUGGACAGGGGCAGUUCUCUACUCACUUUAUAACUUUUACUUAGCAUGUGACAUUUUUAAUCACCAAGAAGAUAGCUACAAUGACUUCUCACCAGGUUGGACAUUCCUCCAUCGAAGAAAAGACUCAGCUGACAUCGAAUGGCAAACAAUUCUAUAUCUCCUCACACAAAUAACAUCAUGGUGUCUUAUGCAUGCAUUCCUCAGUGAAAUAAUAUCUAAAACUAAAUUUUAUAACUAUAAACAAACUCAGAUCUUCCAAAUAACAUUCACAUUGAUUUAUUUAAUUGUACAUAUGCCAAUAGUAUUACUACUAAUGAUAAUUCUCCAACCAGUUGUGUUCAGACUGUUCUACACAUUACAAAACACUGUUUUAAUGUGGAUUUGUUGGUUGUCAUGUCUCACAAUCAUCACAAUGCUUAAAUUUGUUGAUUUAAGUGAGUAUCUCGAUGGAUAUAAUGAGAUGGAUGUGUAUUUGACUAUCACCUGUUUAUUCUGGAUGAAUUUAAAGUGCUUCAGUUAUUUUAUGGACAAAUUUAAACAAAACAAAGAAGAAACAUUAACAAAAGAUGGUUUAUCUUCUAAAAGUGUUGAUAAUUUAGAGUAUUUUGCAUAUUGUUUGUACUUACCUACACUUUUUGGUGGACCAUUUGUAUGUUUCGAUGAUUAUGUUCAUUGUGCACAAGAUGGCCACUUAAAACAUUCAUUUUUAACUAAAUUAACCAAACUAGGGAAGAAUUUAGUGAGAAUUGGAUUCUGGGUGGUUUUCACUGAAUUUGCCCUGCAUUUUAUUUAUGUUAAUCCAAUGAUUUAUCAAAUUGAGCAUGUUAAAACUUUCAACUCCUGGACGUUUUACGGCUAUGGUUACGCAAUGGGACAAUAUUUCCACCUGAAAUACGUCGUAUUAUACGGUUUUAGUCUAUCAUUCGCAGAAUUCGACGGAAUUCCAGUCCCCAACAGACCAAAAUGCAUCGGAAGGAUUCAUGUCUAUUCAGAUAUGUGGAAACACUUCGAUCGUGGCUUCUACAUUUUCCUCGUACGAUAUAUCUACAUUCCAUUAAUGGGCGACCAAAGAACACUACGCCGGCAGAUACUCGCAAGCAUAGUGUGCUUCCUCUUCGUCUACGCAUGGCACGGCAUAGCCACCUUCAUCCUCAUCUGGACCAUAAUCAAUCUCAUCACAAUCAUCAUCGAAAAAUGCUUUAAACUGUUCAUUGACUCGCAAAUCGGCGCAAACAUCAUGCAUGAAUUGAAUUUAAGUGAUCAAUGGAGGCAAAGACUGCAUGGUAUUAUUGCUGCACCAUUAUUAGCUAUAUCAGCAAUGUCAAAUUCAUAUUUUUUCGCUGGUAGGGAAGUCGGAGAUGCUUUCUUUGCGCAGUUCUUUGCAAGUCAACUCAGCGCAAAGCUAACAUUCUUUUUCCUGCUGUACUUUUGCUGUCAGGUGUCAAUUGAAACCAAACAAUGGGAACAAAAGAAGUCAACAGCAGGAAAACAGCGAUAACGAAUAAAAAAUUGGAUAAUUAGAAGUAAUACUAUGUACAGUACCGGGUCAUUGAUGAUUUUGUAAGAAAAUGCCGCAGAAAAUGAUUGUUUUCAUGUGGAAUGAUUAAUGAAUAAAAUAAUACCGAAUAUAA